UCGUGUUCCAAAUAGAUUGACUUCCACCGAUCUUCUGGAAAAAAUUAUCUUCAAUUUUAAUUUAGAAAGUAUACGUAAUCAGAUAAUACUAGCUGUGAAUGAAGAAUUUGUGUCUUUUGAUACUAUUCUUAAUCUAUCAGAGAAAGACAAAAUUGCAGUAAUUCCACCACUCAGCGGAGGCUAAUCUUUACGAUAUGGAGUCGCCAAAAAAUUUUAUCAAGUUACAACAGGAAGAAUUGGAUAUUGCUGAUAUCAUAAAUCUAGUAGUAUUUCCUAAUUGUGGAGCAGUAUCUAAUUUUAUUGGGAUUACUCGAGAUAAUUUUGAAAAUAAAAAGGUAGUUAAAUUAGAAUAUGAAGCCUAUGAGGGAAUGGCCAUAAAAGAGAUGAAUAAUAUCUGCACUAAAAUUCGUUUGCAAUGGAAUGUAGAAGGCAUUGCUAUAUAUCAUCGUAUUGGGGAAGUACCAAUAUCCAAAGCAAGUGUUGUAAUUGCUAUCUCCUCUCCUCACAGGGAGGAAUCACUAAAAGCUGUCGAAUAUGCUAUUAACACAUUAAAAGCAAUUGUGCCUAUUUGGAAAAAAGAAGUAUAUGAAACUGGAGAACCAGAAUGGAAACAAAAUAAGGAGUGUACAUGGAAAAAUAUAAGUAAUAACGUGUCAGAAGUGGAAGAAAUCAUUGAGUCUACAGCCUUGAGGAAGAAUAAUGUUCAAGUAACUGCAAAUGUAAAUGAAGAUAUACCAGAUAAGGUUAUUAUCGACCCUAACCAUGUACAAAUCCAAGCAAGCCCUGAAGAAUUGAAUCGUAGGAUAGAAUCAUUCAUUGAAAGAAAACGUCAGCAAGUAAAUAUUGUAAAUGUGCGGGAAUUUUGUUGCCACAGUGAACAGAAUGAAGAUAAUAAAAAUUCUUGUGCAAGAGUAGAUGCCAUUCUUAUGCAUCGCAAUGAUUCUAAAAGUCACAUGAAAGUUCACAGGGUAUUUAAUAUAUGGGGACCACAAAUGGUUGAUCAAUCAGCUUUACGCAAGUUAUCAAGUAGUACAAGUCCCAAUAGUGCAAAUCCUUUUCCUGUAUUGGACGAGAGAAUUUCUAUCUCAGAACGUAUAUUAGGGAUUAACAAACCAGUACCCAAAGAUAUUUACAAAAGAUUGAAAAUUAUAGAAGAUAAAAUAUUAUAUUUAGAAGGAAUAUCGCCAGAAUAUAAGGAAUUUUGGAUCACAAAAGACAUCGAUAUCUUGAAAGGCAAUUUGAAAUCCGUUCAAAAAAGAACAUAUUCUAUGGCAGAAAUUGACUCAAAGUUGUAUGAAUUAGAAGAAAAAUACAGCAAAAGGAUAAAAUAGCGAUACACAAAUGAUGAUGCACAAAUGCGUUAAUAAUUAUAUCAUGUAAUUCACUGAUAAUUUCAAUAAUUGUAAGUAAUAAGCGAUCCAAAUAUAUUCUGUUAUUUAUUGUGA